CUCAUGUUGUUAUAAUGAAAGGCAACAGGUCAAACCCAUCCAGCACACUAAUGACUCCACCCUGAACAGUGAGCAUUAUAAAUUAAGUUGUCACAAUAGAUAGUCUACCAGACAACAUCAAGACCUAAGGUUGUAUAGCCAUGUCUGGGUUGGCAGCGUUGUGUUUCCUACUUCUGCAGACUGGAGCCUUCGGGUUUGGUAUAAAACUAUUUAACAUAUUCAGAGGAAACUCUCUGAUUCAUGAGGAUAUCACUGAGAGAGCGAUCUUAAAUGUCACUGUGCAUGUGUGCCGCGCUUUGGCCCUGGCUGAGGGCAAAGACUUCACUUUUCCUCCUUUGACUCCUAAUGCUGUUGCUGCUGCCUGUGAAGCAUCAAAAUCAUCCAAAAGCUUUUGCAAAGCCAUCAAAUUAAUCCAAAAAAAGAAUCGUGGAGUAGACAUGUUUAGUUUCUACCUGGCGCCCUACCACUUUGACGAUGAAACAUUUUCAGAGGGAAGGAAUAUCAUCACAAACGGAUUAUCAGCUGUGAAGGCCAGUAACAAGCGAGAAAACUUUGAGACAGCGAGAGAACAACUGGGAAAGAUCUUACACCCUUUACAGGAUUUCUACAGUCAUAGUAACUGGGUGGAAAUGGGAAACAAACUCCCAAACUCCAAUCUCAUCAGAUCAUUAACCAGCAUUGGUAACAUAGCAGAUAAAAGCAGAGCAACCUGUCGCAACUGUAAUGGUAAUGACUGCAGUGACAACAUUUUGGAGGAUAUCCUACGGGAUAAGAUACUUACCUCGGGAUAUUUUAGUCUUGUGCCUUUUUUUUCCACCAAACCAAAAGGAAAAUGCAGCCAUGGAGGUGGAUUUGAUCGAACAAGUAACAUCGAACCUAAAGGUGGGAUCAACAAAGACACUUUCGGAGCCAGCCACGGAUACCUCCACAUGACAGCAGCAAACAUGGCGAUAGCUGCAACCAGUGAGCUACUAGAGGACAUUCGAGGAGCUGCUGGUGACAAAACUUUCCUCCAGAUGAUGGGAAUCUCCAAAGGUAAAGCUCUUUGUUUCGUGAUCGACACGACAGGAAGCAUGGGUGAUGACAUUGAAGCAGUGAAGACCGUCACUUCCUCUAUUAUCAACACUAAAGUGGGAACAGAAGAUGAGCCCCCAGUUUACAUUCUUGUACCUUUCAAUGAUCCAGAUUUUGGGCCACUGAUAAGGACUACAGACCCAAAUGUCUUUAAGAGGGCUAUUAAUGCACUAUCUGCAGCCGGUGGAGGAGAUAUUCCGGAAUUGAGUCUUUCAGGGCUUCAGCUGGCUUUAACUGGUGCUCCUCCUAAUUCUGAGAUCUUCCUCUUCACUGAUGCACCUGCUAAAGACCAACACCUGAAAAGCACAGUGAUCGCACUCAUAGAGCGAACCAAAUCCGUGGUGAACUUCAUGAUUACUAACGUACUGGGAUUUCGUCGUCGGAAACGGAGUGAUGACAGCCAAGAACAAGACCAACAAAACAGUCGGAUGGUGACCUCAGAUGCCCAGGUGUACAGAGACCUGGCUCAGGCUUCAGGAGGUCUGGCUAUUCAAGUCACAAAGAGGGAGCUUCUUAUGGCCACUAGCAUAAUAACAGAGUCCUCCAGCUCCUCUCUGGUGACCCUUGUGCAAGCAUCCAGGAGUCCAGGAAAGGCCGAAAAUUUCACCUUUACAGUUGAUGAGUCAGUAAGAAACCUCACAGUUUACAUCACUGGGAGGUCUGUCACCUUUAUUCUCAUCAGUCCCUCAGGUGUGUUUCAGGAAAGCACUAACACCACAGGAUCAUUGAUUACUGCAUCCCAGGCAGUGGGAAACUUCAUGACUCUGCAGCUAAAAACACAAGCUGGACUGUGGGAAAUUAAAAUGGUGUCAACAAAUCCCUACAUUCUGAAGGUCGUAGGUGAAAGUCCCAUUGACUUCCUGUUUGACUUUCUGGAGGUAUCCCAGGGCCCACUUGGAGGUUUUGAUGUUGUAAACAAUCGUCCCAGAUCUGGUGUUAAUGGUAGCCUGAUCGUGACCGUAAUUGGGAGUGACUCCGCCACGGUGACAGAAGUCAUUCUGGUUGCUUCAUCUGGGUCAGGAGAGGUUAAUGGCAGCGUGGAGGCUCAGGGUGGAGGAGACUUCUUAGCUCGGUUUGACAGGAUACCAGCAGAGGAGUUUGUGGUGCUUGUGAAGGGGCAGAACAGCAAUAGUUCCUCCAGAGCAUCCUCAGGAAUUUUCCAAAGGCAGUCAUCCACCAACAUCCGAGCAUCUACUGUUUCUGUUACUUCUCCUGAUUCAAACAGCGUCUUAGUACCAGGAACACCUCUUUCAGUUCCCUUCUCUGUGAUGACGAGCGGUGCAGGAGGAAACUUCACCAUCCAAGCUACCAAUGACCAAGGUUUUGAUUCAACUUUUCCGUCCAAUUUAAUCCUGGAAACUGGAGGUAGUGCUAAUGGUACAGUGAACCUCACGGCACCUUCUAACACCCCGUCUGGUACUGACGUCACCCUGACUGUUGAGGCCUUAGCUCCUGGAGGCACAGACACCAACUAUGUCGUGCUGCAUUUCACUGUCCUUAAAACGGUAACUGAUUUCACUUCGCCGGUUUGUCAGCUGCUCAGCCUGCAGUCUAACUGCUCUGAUAACUGUAUCUUAUCAAUGUGGGAGCUCUCUGUUCGUGUGACUGAUGGGGCUGAAGGGACGGGUGUCAACCGUGUUAGCCUCAGACAGGGCAACGGGACCUUGAACACCAGCCGUUCUGCUGGUAACGAGAACAUAACGCUGGUUUCCUACAAUGCAUCUUGCUGUUCGCCUGAUGUGGAGCUGCUGGUUGUGGAUGGAGUGGGUAAUGUAGCCUCCUGUUUCUACAGCGUCCUGAAAACAACACCAACAGUCACCAGCAGCUCACAAGCAACCACCAAUAGUCCACGUCCAACAGCGGUUGUGUCUUUGUCUAACAGAGCUGCUCAGUCUCUUCUUCUUUGCUUAGGCAUCACAAUCCUUGGAAUCAACUUACCAAUGGGGAACAACUGAGCAUUUACAUAGUGUGAGGAAGAGUUACAUUUUAAAAUGAUUUUUUGGCUUU